GUUUUGAAGUACGGAAAGAAAGUGUCUGCCCGAAAGCACAAAACAAGAAGAGGCUCAUAUUUUUGCCGUCCUUCUGCUGUGUGGUGAGAUACAUGGAGAAGGAAGUUUAUCGCAAAACGGUCGACUGUACGUAACGAGUGUGAAUCUCCCGUGUGCGUGGUGUACGUAAAAUGGUGCUUUGGCUGCACUUGAAUGUAGCGUGGUUCUGCUCUACUGUGUGACCGUGCAAUUGCAUCAACGCAUCCUCACCUAAGCCCUAGCGGGGGCGCGUGUGUGUGUGCAGAAGAGUUGUUGUUGCUGUGCAGUGUGUGCGCCCUAGAUGAUGUUCAAGAUAGUGUGAGCCUUCUUCGGAUUGGUGUGCGGUCUGUGUGAUCAUCUGUCUCUGUGUGUGUGAUCGUAGUGAAGUGCUGCAACGAUCGUGUCUUCCGCUCUCCCCCCCACCCCCCCCCCCCCCCACACCGGUCCUGCUAUGGUGUUACGAGUGAAGUGCCCAGUGCUCAAUUACAACAGCAGCAAGUGAAGGUGAUUUGCAAACAAGAGUGAUUCGCUUCCGGCCUCUUCCACUUGCCCUCCCCCACCCGGGGAACCGCUUAAGCACGAGGGCGGGCUCCGUUUGUGUGGCCAGAGACGUCAGCCUCUGACGGCUGUGGCCACAUACAGCAAACGCAUCUUUCCGGUUCGUCUCUGCGCGCGUGUGUGUGUGAGUGUGUGAGUGACGACCAAUCGUGUGCAGCCAGCGUGAUGGGUUACGAUCUGGCCCGCUUUCAGGGUGAUGUCGACGAAGAACUGAUCUGUCCCAUAUGCUCCGGCGUGCUGGAGGAACCGCUGCAGGCCGUUGCCUGCGAGCAUGCAUUUUGUCGCGGCUGCAUCACUGAAUGGCUGUCGCGGCAGCCGACCUGCCCGGUCGAUCGCAACCCCAUCACCAACAACAACCUGCGCGCCGUGCCAAGAAUACUGCGGAAUUUGCUCUCCCGGCUAAACAUCACGUGCGAGAACGCGAUGUACGGCUGCACGCUGGUGCUCAAGCUGGACACGCUGGCGGCCCACAUCGAGGAGUGCGAGCACAAUCCGAAGCGACCGCUGCCGUGCGAGAAGGGCUGCGGGUUCGUCAUACCGAAGGACGAGUACAAGGACCACAACUGCUUCCGGGAGCUGCGGUCGCUCGUGCACAGCCAGCAGCAGAAGAUGGGCGAGCUGAAGAACGAAAUCAACGAUCAAAAUCUGGUGAUAAACGAGCUGAAGCGGGAGCUGAACCUGGUGAAGGACUUUAUGCGAGCGAUGCGCGUCUCAAACCCUGCCAUGCGUGCCAUUGCGGAUCAGAUGGAGCGGGACGAGGUGAUGCGAUGGUGCAACGGGCUGGCAAGGGCCCGCGUGACGCGCUGGGGCGGCAUGAUCUCUACCCCGGACGAUGCACUGCAGCUCAUGAUUAAGCGGGCGCUUUCGGAGUCCGGCUGCCCACCGCACAUACUGGACGAUCUGAUGGAAAACUGCCACGAACGUCGGUGGCCCCGCGGUCUCAGCUCGCUCGAAACACGCCAAAACAAUCGACGGAUAUACGAAAACUACAUCUGCCGGAGAGUGCCGGGCAAACAGGCGGUGCUGGUCCUGCAGUGCGACAACACGCACAUGAACGAGGACGUGAUGGUGGAGCCGGGACUGGUGAUGAUAUUUGCUCAUGGUAUCGAAUAGUUAGCGGGCGGGGAGUCGACUAGCACCACCAGCUAUUGAGGGCGUCUGCAAGAUGCCCCCGAUACACUGGCACCGCUAGGGAGCAGAUGUGUUUUGUGAGAACUACUGGCAAAUGGAUAGCAUUUCUCCCCGCCCGCCAGCUGCGUAUCCAUCGCCCGUUUGUGUGUAUGUGUUUUGUUUUCUGUUGUGUGUGUGUAUGAUGUACGUUAUACUUUGUACCGUUGCUUUGUAACGACUAAUACGAAUGUUUGAUCUCGGAAUGGGUUUUGGUCAGCGAAAUCCGUUCCCAUCCUGCUAGCUGCGUUACUACCAGGCGACUCAGUCCAUUCUUGGUGGCGUUUGCGCUUGUCCACCUUCUCAUAAUCGCGCAGACUUCCCGCCACGCAACGUUCACUGAUUGUCUUCGGUCCUUCGGUAGGGAAAUUCGGCGCUCACACGGGCUAUCGGGAAGUACUUACAAUUUUGGUUUAAGGAGCGAAAGGAAUCCAAAGCAAAAGAGAAAGAGAGGGAGAGAGAGAGAGAGAGAGAGAGAGAGAGAGAGAGAGAGAGAGAGAGAGAGAGAGAGAGAAAAGAUGUUUGCUUUGAAAACGUCCAACAUUUGAUAAGCCAUCUGGAUGCUUCGAUAACAAGCGCAACACUCGACACCGUUUGUGAUUUAAUUACAGUUUGCUCUAUACGUGCGUCUCGAGUGUGGGAGUGUGUAUGGGAGAGAUAUAACAUAAGCCAAAAGUAUUUACGCUAAAAAUGCUACAAUUCACAACCUGUAUCUGGGCACGAGACGAAUCAGAAGGAGUGGAAGACGCGCAGAGUAUAGGUUUAAGAGCGUAUGGGAAUUAAAAACGUUGUAUAUGGAAUUCUCAAACGCCGCGACAGAAUUAAAUAGGAUUUGUUUUAGUUAUUCUUACCUAGCCAUAAAGAAACUGAAAUUGAAUACAUCGAUAGAUGAAAAUUUGCAUAUAAUUUUCAUAUCUUGAAGACCGCCCCCCUCUCUCCCAUUGCUUCUAAAACAAUUCCGUCGCAGGAAAAUCCACUACUCAUACAACUAUCGCGCUUGCUUGCCUUACACAGAGUACUAAACAAA